GAGACUCCAAGCUCAGGCACUCAUCUCUUGUUGAUAGUCAAUUGCUCAGUACCACCCUGAAUCUAGGGUGAAAUUUUGGCACUCAAACACAACUUUUUUACCCAUCUCCACCACACCUUUCUUGGCCCAUGACCGCAUCUCCUCUCACCUCCAAUCUUCCUCCCUUUCAACCUUGUGCUCCCCUUUGCAUCUCUAGUAAUCAUGCCCCGAACCGACUUCUCUUCAUUUUCUCUUACUGCCGCCGUCUUCCCCCACCCACCUCCAGCGCAGCUUGUGCUUGCUUUCGCCUCAGCCGCAAAAAGUCUUCCCAGAUUCACCUCCCAGACUCAGUUGGAGAAUGAAAUUGUGUUCAUUGCACACACACUUGCACCCAACAAACUCUUCACCCAAAUCCAUUCAACAUCACGUUGUCAUCCAACUUACUCAACUCGCAUCCAUCUGUAUCCAACCCUGUACCCUCCCUCAAACUCACACACUCCACUUCCACCUCCCUUACAAUGGCCUGGUCAACCCAGGGAUCUUACUGAUGCUGUCACCUUGUUCUUGACAGUCAAAAUGUUUGAACACCAGAAUACGGAGACUUUACAUAAUUUUUCUUAG